AUGGAUAAUUCCAGGAAAAGAAAACGGCCGAAUACUUUCACUAGCGCAGGACCUUCCGUUGAUAUUACUACAGCUAAGCAAUUGGAAAGUUUACUAGGUGACCUUUCAAGCCAGGAGGGUUUGGAAAAGGGCGCCCAUCAGUUUUAUUCAUUCCUUAUACAAUGCUCUAGAAUACACAAUUGCUCCGAAGAAACCUUGCAACAAAAUUUGAAAAUUUUAAAGCAAUGGUUGGAGACCCAAAGCAAGAGUGCCGGUGAUACUGAAGAGGGGGAAGGUCAAACAAACGCAUUCAGGAGCAUUCUUCAAGUUUGCAGUUUUGCUGCACAGAAACCCUACCAUACAGUAAUGAUGUCGGUCAUGUCAUCCCUGACUAGUCUUGUGCGCACGUGCUCGCAAAACGAUGAGCUAAAGCCAUACGGGACAGUAUUAUGCAAAGCCAUUCUUCAGCCAACCUACUUGAAAAUUGUGUAUCAAAAUUUGAGGUCCAAUCACGACCGUAUCUCCACACCAACAUUAAAGUUACUCACUGAAAUCAAUAAGUUUGAUUUUGGGAGUAUUUGUGGAUUGCUGCAUUCGGCAUUUGAUUUUACAACCAAAGAUAUCACUAAAAACUUUGGAAUACGAGGAGGGAAGGAGGAAGUCAUGGUAGCUACGGAAGAGACCAGAAAACCUUCGGUAAGAACAUCAUUUGUGAGGUUCCUUCUUUCAUUUUUCCAACAUGGAAGCUCUUCUGUGAAAAAUGAAGUGCUCCAACAGCGAGUAUGGAUUACAACACUAUUCAAAUAUCUCAAAUAUGAUGCACCUUUUGUUGUGCACGAGGUCUUGGAAGCCAUUGGCAAGAGGAUAUUGGAGGAUCGUGGUAUUCCUCGAGCGACCAAAACAAGCAUUUUCCAUGAGGGGACACUUACCUCUAUUCUCGCCCUAUAUGAUCGCACUGAUGUCGUGAAUCUUGAAAGAGCGGGAAAGACUGAGGAAAAAGCAGUCAAGGAAAUAUCACACGAAUUUCUGAUGAAAACAUGUACUACACCCGGCAAUGGUGUUUGUUUCCCGGAUUCUGGAUGGUAUCCGUUAAAGCGUGGCGAAAACGACGAAAAACGCGCCGGUCCGCUCAGUGUACACAAUCGUGCCCUCGCAUCGUUUAUCAUAAAAGUCCGUCCAUAUUUCGACAUCCUACAACAAGAUCUUUUGUUGGAAAUUUUCAAAGCCUGCCCGGAACUGGUUGCAAGUUACUUUCAGAGUAAUCCUCCCUUUAGCUUUGAUCCAAAACUUACAUCCACAUGGAUCGGAUAUUGCGCCUUCCUCACAUCUACCGUACAACUACCUACACCAAAAAACUUUGGUAUGAGCGAGUUGUCUGUCAUUCCUCCACCGGUCAAUAUCGCCAUUGAGAAUGUAGUUCCAAAACCGCUCAACAAGGCUACGUUGACAAAAUGCUUACAAGAAAACUCUCUUAUUAAAUUUUCUGUCACUCGUCUUCUCAUAUUUUCGUUUCAAAAGCUCCGAGCUGUACUUGAUGCGAUUGAUGAUGCGUCAAAGUCGAUGGUUGACCCUUCCUCAAAUUGGAUCCGAGUUCGAUCUGAGCUUAUUGAAGAGUUUUGUAAGCGGGUACCAGAUAUGUCUUUCCUGGUGGGCCUAGUCCACUCUUCUUUCAAAGGCAAGAACCAAAUUCAAGGAAAAUUGCAAAAGGAGGCUUCCAGCAGAUUACUUGCGGAUUAUUUUGAAUUGUUACCAGAGGUUGCCACGGCCGGGAAUUUUGAUAUCUCCACUGCUCUAGGAAACUUUUUUGCAAACAAAGAUAAUGUGGAGGACAGAGGGUUUAGGGUCCUAGAGAUGGGGCAUUUAUUAAGGGUCGCAGAGGAUGCCUCUGACAUCAAGUGGUGGAAUAAAGGCUCAAUGCAGUUUUCGCCUUUCGUUUCAAUCCUCAACAUAUGUUGCGGCCCUGCGUCAAAAAUGCCUUUAAAACAGAUCAGGAAGCUUCUCCGCUCUUUUAUCACCCCAAGCAAUUUAUUUCAGAGCGACACGAUAGCAUCGCCGCUCGAGACCCUGCUGGAAAGCCUGUCGUGCACACAAGACCCACUGGCCCUCAACUCCAUCCUUUUAUUUAUCGAUCAAUGCGCGAUACGUUGUAUACGUACUCCCUUCAAAUACACCGAUGACUACGCCGAGCUCGCUCUGGAGACCAUGAGAUCGAAACCACUGACUGAGAAAUUUCCUGCCGUAAGCCCUCUAACAAUGACACUAGUGGAGCAAUGGAAAUUCUUCAUGAAGUCGGACUCAAUUCCUGCCGUAAAAGACACCGCUUCAAUCUGGCUUGUAAGAUUUCUUGAGUCGAGUGUGAUAUUAGGAGAGAAUAAAUAUGUUCUCGCUGUAUUGUGCGGACGUCUCGCUACCAUAUGCGAAGAGACGGGUCAUUUAGAUGGUAAGAUAGUAUUUACAGAGCUAAAGCUUCAGCUGGAAAACGAAAAGUAUUUGGAGCUCGAGAGUGGGUCCUCAAACCAGAUCGCACCCAAUUCUCUAAACGAUUCAUUAUCGACUAGAAGGUUAUUCAGAGACCUGUGUCAUUUCAAUAUUGCCAACAUCGAGCGAGUAACGAAGUCUAUUGAAGAAAGGGAAAUUGAUGUAUCGCUACUAGAUGUUGCAGUCGCUCAAAAGGCAAUUAUCUAUGUUCUAGGAUCCCAGAAGAUAAGCUCUGAUGAUUCUUGCUUGGCAUUGUCCAAGUUAAUGGAUCUUAUGGAAGCCAUUCUAGUACGCCUAAAGGAAGGAGAGGAUACUGGAAUCUGGAACGAUGCCAAGAAAAUGCUUGCAACUAACGAAGAUUGGGUGAAAUUAUUCCUGGGACUACCUACAGAGCCAAGUGGAACCUCGACAAAAUUACGAGAUUUUGCAAGAUAUGCAUACUUCUCAGAAAGAUAUUCAAAUCUCCUUAGGGCUAGUUUUGAUAGUUACGAGCCAAUAUUAAAAAUCAUUUGUGUUCAAGCACAAUCUUCCAUCGAAAGCCUGGGUCGUUAUCUUGAGGACAAUCCGGAUGACCACUUUACAGAGGUUCUUUCUACGUACAAGUGUAUAAUCACACAACUUUUUUCUUAUGAGCACAUGUUGGAUUUCAUCAAAACUUUUAUUCUCGUUGAAAGUGAACCAAGUGAGCUUAAGUUCGAGAUUCUAGCAUUAUUAUUACAACAAUUAUCUUCAAGGGGGCAAUACCUACCCCUUAAAGAUUUGGAAACUCUUUUGGCAACAGGCGAUGCCCCCAAGACAUUUUAUAAUGCUCUUGCUGGAUACAUACUCUCUGUGCCGAAGGAAGAGAUUGAAGAUCUUGAUAUCGAGCAUUACCAUAUGGAUUUUGAAGCCGAAUUGCACGAAUGGAUGGUCUCACUUGAUUGUGCCUUGAUAAAGCAGGUCAAGUCUGUGCGCGAAGCAGCCCUAUCUACCUUAGACACGAAUUUACGCAAUGGAAAAAAUAUCCCGCAUCUAGAAAGACAUUUCUCGACACUCCUAGCAAGCUUUGCGGUACAUAGGGAAGACGCUGCUGGAUUUGAAUGGGAGGAACCAACAGGCUCAGAGAUUAAGGAAAAGAUGGAGAGACUUUUCUCUGUGAUCCAAGACAAGAUGUUUGAAAAUCCUCCUGAUGCACCCCAAACCGAGGUCUUCCUGAUGGCGGCAUCGCUGUUGAACUCGAUAGACAAAAACCGCCUUCUUAAAUUUAUCACAAGUGAUAAUCGAAGAAGCACUUUGACGGCGAAUACAACCGCACUGCUUAACGUUUUGAUUCGGGAUAUGAAUUCAGGGGAGGCAGAGUCCGUCGAACUACGUAACUGGCUGUUAAUGGUGUUUGAUCACCUUACAAGGCGCUUUGCUGAGGACAAAAUGCUCUCCGAUAAGAUUUUGGACUUCACUAAGCAACUAGAGCGGUUGCUCAAUCUUGGAACGAUCAACCUCAAUUCAUCUGUACCACGACCAACACUGAACGCCGUGCUUGAAGUCGGUUUGGAAAACCAUAUCCACAUACCGGAGGUAGUUUAUUUCGCCGCCGUGAUAGUUUCUCAGUUGCCGGCAAAUGCUCUUGAGGUUGCAAAACUACUACAGAUUGUUCUUGGACAUUCUCAAAAUCCCCUCCUUCUACGAAAUAACUACUUCGAUACCCAGGAAAUCUCAUACCACACGGCGUUUCUUAUCUACAGACUGUUUUCCAUGGCCAGUUCUAGACAAUCUAACGUCACUACUUUAGAUGGGGUUUUGUCUCUUUAUCGAGGUUCAAAUGAUAUCAUCGAUGCCGCCUUAUAUAUGAUCAUCUGCGAUAUCGAAGCGCAUCUGGCGCGCAGUAUUGGAGACCGAAUCGCCUCCUGGACAGUUGUGGAGAGUUCAGAUAUACCUUUGGUUUCGCGAGUACGAGGACGUCUUACAGUCACGAUUGAUUCAAAAACACUGGCAAGGAGCGUUUUUCAAUCGUCACCCAAUCGACCAAUAAUUCCGAAGGAAAAACUGAAACAGCUAGAAUUCUUCAUGACCAUAUCAAAAAAUGAGGAUCAACAUCUCUCCAAGACUUAUGACCUUGAGUUUAUUCUACCCGCUCUCACAUUUUGUCUCAAUUCAGAACAACAAGUUAUCGAGAUCACAACUAUCAUCGAAAGACACUGCUUGGGGUUCACCAUAACAGGUCUUUGCUCCGACCGCAGCCGUGUGCGUGGUAUGGCGAUUGGAUUCAUUAUGACUUCGAUCGCAAAGUUAGAGAAAUCGUCACAUCGCGAAAAACACCAAAUUCUUGGAUUGCUCUGUACACUAGUCGCCUCAAUCAGCGAUAAAGAGAAAAAAGAUGGCGAACAAGGCUUGAAGCACCCGAUACCAACCGUCCUUGGCGUCUUUUUCGCCCAGUGUGUUCAAAUUGUUAUAAACCCUGGGCAUUUCCUCUAUGAGAAAAUUAUGACAUUGCUUCUUCAACAAGGACCCAUUAUGGAUCUUUACGAUCUGCCCUACAUCUUACAAGUCGCAAGCCUAGAAAGAGGCGAUGACUACUAUAAAGAGAUCUCGUGGGUCCUGGGGAUACUGGUUGCAGGGCUAAAAACAACUCAAGACCUAGCGAUCUAUCACAACCGCAGGAUUUUUGGUGGCUGUCUCAAUGCUUACGUUGCACCCCACUGCAGCGACAGAGCUAAAGAGAGGAUCCUUGAACUCCUCUGGAACACCGCCGCCGUUGAAGGGGGUGCAACCACACUCAUCACUCGUAACGCCAUCAUGUCCUUCAUUGAGACCCAGGCAAACAGUGCCGAAAAGGACGAUUUAGUUCUGUUAAAGAGACUUUCGGCUAGACUCUAUGAGGCGUCAUCAAAGGGGCAUGUAAAGGAGUGGGCAAAGGGUAAUCUGGAGGCUCAUUUAGAAGAUAUCUUCGUAAAAUAG